AUGGACGAAUCUCUCGAAAUCCUCGAGACGUCGCCCGAUGCGCUUCCAUCUGAUAGAAAUCUCAUUCAAUGGGUGAAGCUGGCGCACCUUGGCGAAGAAAUUCUUUUCCAGUUUUCAAUGGAUGACCCCGCUACCAAUGUAGAUAUAACGGAUCCCAAAAACCAAUAUGCGUUAAAGGGGUUCGAAAGGCGUUUGGCAGAAUGGCGAAAGGAGGUGCCUCCCGAGUGCUACUCUCCCCUAAUGCGCCACUAUGAGCUCGUUCUCAACAUCUAUAUGCAUGAAAUCGGCAUGCACGCCGACCACAACAUCGACGAUUUCAAACCGCCCUUUAUAAAUAGUCUUACCUCCGACAAUCCGGUCAACCUUGGCUCUCCCGCGCACGUUGACGCUCUAACUGUCUGCCUCACUUCCAUCUAUGAGGCAAUAGACACGUUUACCUCCCUCGAUUAUACGACUAUCCAAUCUAGCCCCACCAUCCACUUUGUUCGUACAUCAUACGCCUGCGUCGCUCUCAUCAAACUAUAUACCGCCGCAUCGUACCCCGCCACUCGACUGGGCCAGGUAUUCAAUCCUACAGACUUUAAGAUUGAAUACUACCUCACCAAGCUCAUUGCCCAUUUGAAGGGUUCGGGGGAGCGCAUGUCAGGACGGGUGCCAUCUAGAUUCUCGCUAAUGUUGGGAAUAUUAAAGACGUGGUUUCUCAAGAGGAAAGAAGGGAAACCAGUGAGCACUGGUAGCGGUCCGUGGAGCUUUUUUCAGCCGAAGGAUAUUCGGACGUAUAUCGCACCGGAGCCGCGCGCAUCGGAGUCGGAGAGCGCGGGACAAGCGCAGGCUACUUGUAACCCGGAAUCAACGCCUUUACACCUCCAAAAUCAUGCAGCCAUGGGUCGUCCAGAGACCCAACAAUCACACCACCACCAGUCGAGCCUCUCCCCUCAGAACGUUCGCACUGAUACGCACACCACUACUCUCCCGAUCCACCCUUCCACAACCAACACUUCCAACAUUGCCACUAACACAAUCCCUGCGAAUGAACAUUGGACCCCGUUCGGUCCCUCACCAGGCAUGGGCAUUUUCCCCACCACCACAGUGCCUAACCAACCCUUAUCAUCGCAGUAUCUACCGCAGCACCCGACCCAGGCCUUCGUCACCGCCGACUCAGGGGGACUGGUAAAUCCACAACAGCCAGAGCUGGAUCCACAGCAGGCCUUCAUGCUAACCCAAGAUAUGCAGCUCAUGUUCCAGCAAGAUGAACUUGCUGGGUUGGGAAAUAUGUGGGAUGACAUUUUUUUUCCAUUCCCCUUGGACGAGACCGGCCAGCCGCUGUGA